AUGAUUAAAGCUACAGUUGUCCUCAUCUGUGUAGCAGCACACUGCUCCUCCGCUGAGAAAGACCUAAGAAGUACCUUCAAAGACUGGAAAGCAAAGUAUAACAAGAACUACGCCGGUCUGAGAAGCGAAAUUGAUCGAUACAGAAACUUCCAGAAGUCCGCUGCUGAGAUAGAACUCAUCAACUCCAGCCAGGAAAAGUGGGUGGCAGACUUAACACAGUUCGCAGAUCUGGGUGAUGAGGAAAAGAAGAGCUACCUUGGACUUCAACUGAACCAUACAGCCGAACCUGCUCCUCCUCUACAGGCUAAAGAGAGUGUGGACCUGGGUGACUACCCAGUUGAGAAGCUGUGGGAGAUGACCCCUGUCAGAAACCAAGGUGGGUGUGGAAGUUGCUGGAGUUUUGCUGCAGUAGCUGUGAUGGAGGGGCUCCACAUCAAGGAGCGCAGCGAGUACAAGAAACUGUCGGAGCAGACCCUGCUGGACUGUACUUUCAACACAUGGACGGGCAUGCCGUGGAGGGUGGAGUGA